AAUGUCAGCCGCUUAUCACGUAACUUUGACAUUCACUGAUAAACCUAAAUUUAUUUGGAUUUCAAUAAUAAUUUUAUUAAUUAAUCGUGAAAUGAGCUCCUUCUGUGGCCGUAUAGUAUAUCAGUCCCUACAGUAAUCCUAAAAGAUGUUACGAAAUUCAAUUAAACCACACUUGUUGCCCAAAUGUCACGAGCUCCAGAGAUGUGCAUACUCAAGCAAGUUAGAUGCAAUAAGAGAAAAGCUAAGGGAAGGCCCAGGUUUAUCUGACUUUAUACCUGAUGAUAGGCCAAAGAACUGGGAUGAGUAUGAGGGUAAAUUAAAGAGGGAAAGAGGAGAGUCAGAGAGAUUAAGGUUGCCACCAUGGCUCAAGACUUCCAUACCUACAGGUUCUAAAUUUGGUGCACUAAAGGAACAAUUACGGAGUAUGAAACUAAGCACAGUUUGCGAGGAAGCCCGAUGUCCAAAUAUCGGAGAAUGCUGGAGUGGAGGCAAGAAUGGCACCUCCACUGCUACCAUCAUGUUGAUGGGAGACACGUGCACACGAGGAUGUAUGUUUUGUUCAGUGAAGACGUCCAGAGCACCCCCACCUCUAGAUCCCGACGAACCUGUGAAUACAGCGAAAGCUAUACACGAAUGGGGAGUUGGCUAUAUUGUACUUACUUCUGUUGAUAGAGACGAUCUGCCUGACGGGGGUUCCGCACAUUUUGCGGAGACUGUUAGACAAAUUAAAAUUCGGAGCAAGGAGAUCCUUGUGGAGUGUUUGUCGCCCGACUUCCGCGGCGAUCGCGCCUGCAUCGCGACUGUCGCGGCGAGCGGACUGGACGUGUUCGCGCACAACAUUGAAACAGUGGAGCGACUCACGCCCUUCGUGCGGGACAAACGGGCCGGAUACCGGCAAACCCUCAAAGUUCUAUCUACAGCGAAAGAGAUCAACCCAGACCUGCUCACCAAGUCUUCUAUUAUGCUGGGCUUAGGGGAAACCGACCAACAGGUGGAACAGACUAUGAAGGAUCUGAAGUCCGCUGGCGUGGAUUGCGUGACCUUGGGCCAGUACAUGCAGCCAACCAAGCGGCAUCUGAAGGUGCACGAAUACGUCACCCCCGCCAAGUUCAAGCAGUGGGAGGAGUACGGCAACCAGUUCGGGUUCCUGUACACAGCCAGCGGGCCGCUGGUCAGGUCCUCGUACAGAGCUGGGGAGUUCUUCAUCGCCAGCCUACUGCGGGACAAGAAGGCCAGCAGCUUAUGAUACGAUGAGAGACACGGCGAUGUGUAAAGUGCUAGUCGAGUCCUAUAUCCACAAUCAGAAAUUACUGAAGUUAAACUUCUUUAGAAUCGUUGUCGGUCAAGUACACAUAAAUGUAUGGGAGACAAUGAGAUAUAAUUAUUUUAGUUACCAUGGGAACUAAUGUGUAAAUAAAGAAUCAAACACAUGAAUAAAUAAAUUUACUACGACAUAAACACAUCGCCAUCUAGCCCCAAAGUAAGCGUAGCUUUUGUUAUGGGUACUAAGAUG